GUUCGCCGCAUCUCAUAUUUCAUCGUAUUAUCAGUAACCGCUUCAUUGGUGGGAUACUUCGCUCCGUUGAUGACGCUAGGCCUUCGAUGUGUUCCUUACCAUGCACAUCCCCGUCCUAUUGACUUUCCCACACCUAACGAGUUGUUGAGCCUUGACAGUGAACGAACGAGGUACUCAUCAGUAAUGAACUCAGCUAGGCACGAUUCCUCGCCAUCUCAGCGGAAUGCGAACACCGACCUUUGCAUGCAUAAGCCAAGCUCAGCCAUCAUCGGCUUGAUAUCUACUGGUGCCACACAGACGAUCACUCGAGUA